AAACAAAUCAAAGGCAACCUUUGCAAGGGACGUCAAACAACAUUUAACAACAUUUGCAACAGAAGCCAGAGCCAGAGCCAGAGAAAGAGAAAGAGCAAUUGUGGGUUUUACCUAGGCAACAACAAUCUGGAGAUUCGAUAAGACGGCGUCGCACUUUGACACCAGCUCGAACUGCCAAGCAGUCACAGCCACAACUGGACUUCUCGUAGCCCAAACAAUCGCCAUGGAAAGCCAACGCAACAACAACAACAACAACAGUCAGAAUCGUCGAGGCGCACGUCCGAGCGUCGGCUAUUUGCUGUUCCAGUAUCAGAGCGAGCUGACCCGGAGGCAUGCGGAGCCGACGCGCUUGUCGCGCACCAAAAUCCACAUCAUCGACGGCCUCGUCUCGCGCACCAUACGCCAGCUGAAGCACUGCAGCGUCGAGGAGCUGCAGGCCUGCAAGCGGGAGCUCGUCUACAAGGAGCAGCUGCGCGACGAGCUGCGCACCAUGCGGCGCCGCAAGAGCUCCAGCUUCAGCUUGAGUUCCAGUUCAAGUUCCAGUCUCGCAUCCGGCUCAGCUGAUCAUCCGUCGGCCGUGAGAAAGGCACCCAACACGCCGCCCAAGCCACGUGUCGCGUUUCAAACGAAAGUAACCAUCUUUGGCCCGGAAAUAUUUGUCUAGAUUUACGACAUUUGUAUUUUAUUUUUAUUAUUGUGCAUUGAGUUCCAGUUUUGUAUUUUGACCUUAAUUGUUGACGAUUAAAAAUCAAAGAAUUUCAAGUUGAAAAUAAGAGCAACAAAA